GUUAAGUUGCAGGAAAAGACCUAAAUUAUACCCAGGAAACAAACACUUUCAACAGGAUUAUGAGAAGAUCUUUAUGACAUGGAAGAUGGGGAAACAGCUUAAUUUCAGCCUUCCCACCUCCAAUACUUUAGGGUUUUCAGCGGACCUGAAAAGCGCUGCGAUGGCCCGUGUGGCCAGCAGAUGGCGCCAUGUGACAGUGAACGGCGAGGCGCCCGCAUUGUAUGGGCUGAGAGGCGCCGGAGAGCGAAUCUGCAGUGCCGGGCGGUGCUAUAGCUGUUCACCCUGGAGAAGCAGUGCGUGCGAAUAGAGAGAGGAAGGGGCGCCGACGAUGCUCCGAGUUCAUUUUAGGCCAGUGGGGAUCUUAAACCAUACCUAGUCCGGCUUCUCCCGCUCCUGGGUCAGAAAAGCGCAUCCCUCUCAGUACCACAUUAAGCACUCGGGAGCCAAUAACGCGGCGCAGAGAGAGCCCGGUCUUCGGUCCAGUCGUGCCAACCCAGGCGCAGGGAUCUACUACUGAGGGUCCUCGGGGAGUCGCGGACCGCAGACGGUCCCUUUUCAUUGGUAGUUGGACGGGCAGCCCCGCCUCCUCUCGUACAGCUCUCAACUGUGACUGGCUAUCGGGUCCCGGCUGGUCACACCCCCUCCUCUCGCAAAUACACAAGAGUCACGCGCCUUUCAGUUGGAAACUUGGCGUGCAGAGGACGGUGGCCCUCAUCGCCCCACCCACUUACCUUGCCAUUGGUCCGCGGCGCAGCUCACGGCCACGCCCCCAUUCCAGCCCCCUGGCUGGGAGGGCGGGCGCACGCUCGUGAUUGGCUGGUCGGCCUGCCUCUCGCGGGAGCGGCUGGCUCUCUCCCCACGCCCUCCCCCUCCCGCGAGCCUCGAGGUGCCUCUGCUGGCCGAGGCCGACUCAGUGUCAGUCAGGGAGGCGGGCUGCUGGACGCUGGGUGCAGACACUCCAUUGCAAUCUCGCCCCGAGGCCGAUGCCUGCGCUCGCGCCGCGGGGUAGGAAGGAUGAAGCCGCAGCUGGAGCAGCCACACUAUGAUUGGCUGUGGCGCUGGUGAACCCGAAGUAAAGAUGGCGGGCGGGCAGGCAGCCGCCGCACUGCCCACUUGGAAGAUGGCGGCUCGCCGCAGCCUCAGUGCCCGCGGCUGGGGGGUCCUGCAGGCGGCGGAGCGGCUACUGCCGCUGUUACUGCUGAGCUGCUGCUGCGGCGCGGGCGGCUGCGCAGCGGCUGCCGAGAACGAGGAGACGGUGAUCAUCGGGUUGCGGCUGGAGGACACGAACGACGUGUCGUUCAUGGAAGGAGGGGCGCUGCGGGUGAGCGAGCGGACCCGGGUCAAGCUGCGGGUGUACGGGCAGAACAUCAACAACGAGACGUGGUCCCGCAUAGCUUUCACCGAGCACGAGCGGCGGCGCCACAGCCCCGGCGAGCGCGGGCUGGGGGGUCCCGCGCCCCCAGAGCCGGACAGCGGCCCCCAGCGCUGCGGCAUCCGCACUUCAGAUAUCAUCAUCUUGCCCCACAUCAUUCUCAACCGCCGUACUUCGGGCAUCAUUGAGAUCGAGAUCAAACCGCUGCGCAAGAUGGAGAAGAGCAAGUCCUAUUACCUGUGCACGUCGCUCUCCACGCCAGCCCUGGGCGCCGGGGGUCCGGGGUCCGCGGGCGGCGCCGUCGGGGGCAAGGGUGGCUCCGGGGUGGCCGGGCUCCCCCCGCCCCCGUGGGCCGAGACCACCUGGAUUUACCACGACGGCGAGGACACCAAGAUGAUAGUAGGUGAGGAGAAGAAGUUCUUGCUGCCCUUCUGGCUGCAGGUGAUCUUCAUUUCGUUGCUCCUCUGCCUGUCAGGAAUGUUCAGCGGCCUUAACCUGGGGCUCAUGGCCCUGGACCCCAUGGAGCUGCGCAUCGUGCAGAACUGCGGCACCGAGAAGGAGAAAAAUUAUGCCAAGCGCAUUGAGCCCGUGCGCAGGCAGGGCAACUACCUGCUGUGCUCGCUGCUGCUGGGCAACGUGCUGGUCAACACCACUCUCACCAUCCUGCUCGACGACAUCGCGGGCUCAGGCCUCGUGGCGGUGGUGGUCUCCACCAUCGGCAUCGUCAUCUUCGGGGAGAUCGUGCCCCAGGCCAUCUGCUCCCGGCACGGCCUGGCAGUGGGAGCUAACACGAUCUUCCUCACCAAGUUUUUCAUGAUGAUGACCUUCCCCGCUUCUUACCCCGUCAGCAAGCUGCUGGACUGCGUCCUGGGCCAGGAGAUAGGCACAGUCUAUAAUCGGGAGAAACUGCUAGAGAUGCUCCGGGUCACUGACCCCUAUAACGACCUCGUUAAGGAGGAGCUGAACAUCAUCCAGGGGGCUCUGGAGCUCCGCACCAAGACGGUGGAGGAUGUGAUGACUCCCCUCCGGGAUUGCUUCAUGAUCACCGGGGAGGCCAUCCUGGACUUCAACACCAUGUCGGAGAUCAUGGAGAGCGGCUACACUCGUAUCCCAGUAUUUGAAGGGGAGCGCUCCAACAUCGUGGACCUCCUCUUUGUCAAAGACUUGGCAUUUGUGGAUCCAGAUGACUGUACUCCCCUGAAAACCAUCACUAAGUUUUAUAACCACCCCUUGCACUUUGUUUUCAAUGACACCAAGUUGGACGCUAUGCUGGAAGAAUUUAAGAAAGGUAAAUCUCACCUGGCUAUUGUGCAACGAGUAAACAAUGAGGGAGAGGGGGAUCCAUUUUAUGAAGUUCUGGGAAUUGUCACAUUAGAAGAUGUGAUUGAAGAAAUCAUCAAAUCUGAGAUUCUAGAUGAAACAGAUUUAUACACUGAUAACAGAACUAAAAAGAAAGUGGCCCAUCGAGAAAGAAAGCAGGACUUCUCUGCCUUUAAGCAGACGGACAGCGAGAUGAAGGUCAAAAUAUCGCCCCAGCUGCUCCUGGCCAUGCACCGCUUCCUCGCCACAGAAGUAGAAGCAUUUAGCCCAUCCCAGAUGUCAGAGAAGAUCCUUCUAAGGCUGCUAAAGCACCCCAAUGUCAUCCAGGAACUGAAGUAUGAUGAGAAGAACAAGAAAGCCCCCGAGUACUACCUCUACCAGCGAAACAAACCUGUAGACUACUUCGUUCUCAUUUUGCAGGGAAAAGUGGAAGUAGAGGCUGGGAAAGAAGGUAUGAAGUUUGAAGCCAGUGCUUUUUCAUACUAUGGUGUAAUGGCCCUCACAGCCUCUCCAGUUCCUUUGUCCCUGUCUCGUACCUUUGUUGUCAGCAGAACAGAGUUGUUAGCAGCAGGUUCUCCAGGUGAAAACAAGUCGCCCCCUCGCCCCUGUGGCUUGAAUCACUCAGACUCUCUUAGCCGAAGCGACAGGAUUGAUGCCAUCACGCCGACGCUGGGGAGCAGCAACAACCAGUUGAACUCUUCAUUCCUUCAAGUCUACAUUCCUGACUACUCAGUCCGAGCCCUCUCUGAUCUGCAGUUUGUGAAGAUCUCAAGACAGCAAUACCAAAAUGCCUUGAUGGCAUCCCGGAUGGACAAAACCCCUCAGUCUUCAGACAGUGAAAACACUAAAAUUGAAUUGACUCUUACGGAGCUGCACGAUGGGUUGCCAGACGAGACGGCCAACCUGCUCACUGAACAGAACUGUGUGGCGCACAGCAAGGCCAACCACAGCCUGCACAGCGAGGGCGCCAUCUAGGGGCGCCCCUGCCCCGCCACUGGCCAGGCGGGGGCAGCCGUGGGGCCGGCCUACCCCAAUCCCAGUAGUGUGAGCUGUGUCCCUUGCUGCAUCGCGCAACAUCCUGAGACCAAAGACUUUGUCCCCUUCCUGGAAGACGCAGAGGAGAGUAAGGGAGGAGUGGAGACUGGAGAUGGGACGUCGUCAGCCUGGGUGCAGCAUUCGAGAUAUUGGAGAUGAACUUCCGCCCAAAUAGAAUCAUGUUUAUUUUUUCAGCUGUACCUUUUAUCAUUAUUCACUCUCCUCUUUCCUCGAUUUGCAUGAAGUUGAAAAUUGUUGCGACUUAUUUUUAUCAAGAGAUCAUGUUUUUUUUUUUAAGUGUCUGUUGCAGAGUUCUAACUUGUCCUGUCUGAACUCUGAUGUGACCCCAUCUAGGAUGGACCUGCUCCUCCAGCAGCCUGCCUUGGCCCUCCAGGGAGGGGCACCCUGCCCGUCUCCGCAUGGGUGUCACUGUCGAACUUGAAGGAUGAAUGAAGAAAACUGUCCGCGCAGACCUGCCGAGUCUGUCCUGGCUGUGGGUGGGGUCUGCGGAGGGACCUGCUGCCACCUCCAAGCUCCGUGUUGUUUUAAGAAGUUAAUGUUUAACUGGGCCCCUUUCCCUCAGAAAGGCUUAUAUGCUUGGAAAUGUGAUUUAGCUCCCACUCUAAGGAAUUUUUAUCACCAAAAUGAAUGUUAAUGAAUUUUAAACCCAUGGUUUAUCAUUGGCAAGAAGCAAGGUGACUUCAUCCCGACAUCCCUACAGCCUGGGAUCACCAGCUCAGCCGGGCCUCGCCCCCCACCUGUGCCCCAGCUUGCAGACACUCUCGCCCACCUCCCUGUCCUUGCUCUUGUUGACCCAAGAUGCUGCUACACAGAUGCCAAAUGGAAAUCUUCCACAGGGCUUUUUGAGCAAACGUGGCGUUUCAGGCUCUUCCCCUCCCUGCUGGAAUGUAAUGUAUGCAAUUGUCAGAAAAGGAGCUGGACCUUCCAGCUGCGCUCUGCGCCAUGCCGAGGCGGUGUUUCUAGACCCGCGUGCUUUGAGUCGGGGGUGCUGGGGCCUGCCAGUCUCUGUCCCGGGGCCCAGCAGUGGCUGUGUCCUCCCCCCUCUCCGAGGACCUCCAGGCCUCCCGCCUCAGAGGUGGCCCACACGAGUGGCUGCCUGGACAGCCAGGGUCAGUCUGGCCCCAAACAGGAAUUCAGAAACCAAAUGUGUGUUGUGGCCAUUUCAUGUGUGUCUGUCUUAUUUUAAUACCAAAUUCAUCAUGUGUAGUGAAAUUAAUGUCAGGAGGUAUUAUCUUGAGUUCUGAACUCCUAACUACCGUAUCUGUGUCUUAAGUGUUAGCUCCGGGCGUGUGUACAUUUUGUUGGUAACAUUCAUACACUGAAGUAAAUUUUUACUGACCGUAGUUUUCAUAUAGAACUGUCAGUCCCGCUGCCUCCAGCCACUAGCCAAGAAGAUAAUAUUUUCACCGAGGGUCUCAGUGAACCAUCCCUCUUCAAGGUAGGCCUGGGCCAUACAGGGAGGGCACUAUGGUGGGAGCUGACCAGCAGUAUGCAGGGCCCCCCCCAUGGGGGCAGUCUGGGGGCUCCGGUGUCCUAUGCACACGUGGUGAAGGGUCUUCCCCUUAGAAGUUCUGUGCCAUUCAUGUCUAUAGGAGAAAUGGGAGUCAGGCAGAGAAAUAUUGCUGGCUUUGUCCGCCUUGGAGCAUCUUCCUCCGAAGGUGCAGCGUCCCUUGGUGCGGGAGGUACUGACUUUACCUGGUAGAGUCACAGGGACUGCAGUGGGUACCCUGCUACAGUGGGUACCAUGAGGGAGCACAGUGGUCUGCUGUUUGCACGCACCUUGCCACCAAGCUCAACUUCAGUAGCACCCAGCAUCAUAAGUAUCCCCUUUUAUAAACUAAUCUGAAUAAACUUUUUUUUUUAAGUUGUAUCUAGUUAAGCAUAUCCCAGUACAAUGCAGUAACUAGGAUUAACUCUAAGAAAUGAGGGUUCCCUACUAGUGAAGUGAAAGCUGGGCUUGAAGUGAAAGCUGGGCUUUGUUGGAUGGGAGAGGGGAGCUUCUCCCCCAAGCCAUGCCACACUCUUGGUCCAGAUCACAGUUGCCUUCCCUCUGGGUCUGGAGAAUCUAGUCCUGCCACUCUGGACUUCAAGAUAUUCAUGUCAGCUUGUGGCCUGUCCGCUUCUCCACACUGUCCAUCUUGGCGUGCUGUGCUACUGAGAGGAGCCUUUGGAAUCAGAGUUAAGUGUUGAAUCUUUUUCAGAACCCCACUGUUCCUUUAUGAAUCUUAAAAGUUCUGUAAGGUUCUGGGGAGUGAAGAGAGGAUUCCAGUUCUCCCCGGCUUGACUUUAAGGAGAAACAGGUUACUUCUCAAUACUCUGACCCAAGUGUGGUGGACUUUUGAAAAAUCUUCUCUACAGUGGGACUCCCAGAGGACAAAAUUUUAGUCUCCCAAGUUUUAUUUCUUUUAACACUGUUAAGAACAGGGAACAGUUAACACUGUAAGAACAGGGAAUCCAAAAUAAUUCCUUUCUGGCCCCUGGCUUUGGUGAGUGAUCACUCUUUACACAACACUCAGUGUUUGAGUGACCAGGCUCCUCUUCUGGAAACUGACCUCAGGCUUCUGAAGGAGAAAACACUGGCUUACUGCUUCUCUGAGGCAGCAGGAGGGUGACUUGGGCUUAGAAGUUCUGUGCCAUUCAUGUCUAUAGGAGAAAUAGGAGUCAGGCAGAGAAAUAUUGUCAAGUCGUUGAGAACUCGAUGUGAAUGGCCGGGCGGAGGCAGCAGGGCGGAGGCAGCAGCACCACCAGUGGGUCAUCCUUGCCUCGGGCUGCUGGCUUUGUCAGCGUGGAGGGCUGUGGUUGUGGGGCCUGUGCCCAGCUCGGUGUAGCAGGACAGCACCACCUCCAGCUCUCUCCUAAGCUGUCACUCUGUGGGGACCCCAGGAACUGGAUUCUUGGUAUCUAAUUAUAAAGAACAGUCUUUAUAAAUAAUUAAUUGGGUUGCUUUGUUUUGUUUUGUUUGCCCUAUUGCCUUAGAGAUUCUCUCCCUUUGUUUCUGUCUAUUCCAUAUUCACCAAGCAAGUCCAAAUUCAUCUUAGGAAAACAGAACCUUAAGAAUUUGUACAUGGAUAUUGGAGUGCUAAUCAACUAGCUCAAACCUUGUUUCUUCCAAAAGUUAAAUGUGAAAGGGGACCUGUUUAAACUAUUCUUCCUUCCCACUCCUCACUUCCUGAAGAGAGUUCAGUGCUCACAUUGACACAGCUGGCUUUCCAUGUGGAGGGACUCUAUGCAUCUUGCCACUUUCUAACGUUAUUUUAAGAAAUUUCUGUGCAGAUACUGAACACAGAACUUUACACUAAUGUGGGACAUUAACUGUGAAUAUAUUGCCUGUGUUAUAUCCCCUGUACCAUAGGACUAAAGGAGUGGCUGCACUAGGUCUAGGAAAAUAGAAUUGCAUUUUCCCCAGGAAAUUAAACAACAGGAAUUUGGGCUAAGCAUGGACCAUUAACUUUUUCUCAAAUUUGCUCUGGGUCGAAUUCGCUCAGUCUCUGAAUGUGUUACGGCUAGGGCAAAACAGGAAUCAACCCAGUCAUCUGGAAAUCAGGGAUCUGUGGCCAUUUUUACCUUUCCUGGGCCAAGGAGACCAAGAUCCCACCAGUGUUCCCCAGGGGUGUUCACAGGGAGAGGCUUGGUGGGGUCAGGGCUGGCGCAGGAAGGUAUUUACCUUGUUCCACCAGAGGCUGGUAAAUACGCAGGAAGGUAAUUUACCUUGUUCCACCAGAGGCUGCCAGGGAGGGGGUGGUUUAGGGGCACAAGCUUGGGGAGUGGUAACAGCUCCUCUCACCCUUGACCACAGAGGUAGGUUUUUCUUGCAGGGUUUUAAGAAUCCAAGGCUGAGCUGGCUAUUUUAGGGUAUAGAGGUUUCUGAGGCACCUGUUUGCUUUCUACUUGAAGACACAGGUUUACUUCCAUUCUGGACUCUAGGCUCAUUACUGGUGGUGCUUUUGUCCAGCAAGGGUGCCUGGGUAUGUUGUAGGAUAACCCAGAAUUAGGAGGGAUUUAGAGGCUUGAAUGUGAAAGUGGCUUGGAGAUUCAGAAACCUUUCUGAUAUAAAUUUUACCAGUGAACAACCUACUCAGUGAAAUUUUAUACCUCAGGGCCAUUUGGAAAUCAUUUUUUCGUUUCUUUAGUAUUCAAGUGGGCUGAUAGGAGAGCUGAGUUCAGAGAAUUCUAAGAUGAGGUUCAUUUGCCUCCAUAUGAAUGGUGCUUGUAUUAUAUGACCACCCCUCAAAGCUGUGACAUGGCGCUUCUCCUCCAGCACUUGCAGGGAAGCUUCCUGCAGUGAACACUUGCUGAUUUCCCUUCUGCCCUGUCUGAAGAUUCCAGAAUCCUUGUUCAGCCCUAAAGAGAGGACAGCCUGGAGGAGCUUCCUCAUCUAUCUGGACUGGGGCCCUCCUCUGCUACUUAGAAACCUUUAUGGUUGGCUUGGCUUAUGUAAACUCCAGCUAUGUUAGAGCCACUGACAUUUCACUAGAAUUGUCUUAAAUUUAUCUUUUAAUAGGAAAUACCAGGCUACAUUUGAAGCAACAUGGAAGGUUUCUAAUGAGAAAGCAAAGUUCUAGGAGUUUGUAGGUCAAGGCUUAUAUGUACAGGUACCCUAAGGCUCGAUUAUGUUUUCAAAUUUUGUCACCUUUAGAGACCACACAUUGGAAUGGUGGGAUGUCUUCCCUUCUGGUACUGCUCACAUCUGACCAAUAUGGAGUCACUCAGGAAGUUUUCUUGGGGGGCCACAUUCCUCUUCACAUUUCAUCCUGGGGAGCUAUCCACAUGGACCUGGUCAGGCUUGUGUGUGCGCGUGCGUGCGGUUUUUGUUGGGUAUAAUCAGCUGGUCUCAGGCUUCUAGAACAGGAGGAAGUGGGAAACAGCAAGGCCUCAGGACUCUGCAGAGUCCUAGCCUAUCUCGACUUCGUAGUCCCUGUAUCUGAAGUCUACUCCAGAGGUGGAAUGCAUCAGUCCCAAUGAACUUGUUUCUGGAGUCAUUUAAACCCAUAGAUGUGCUUGCUUUAUUUUAUGUUAUUUAUUAUGUACAUAUGCCUCUACUGUUAGUACACUGACCAAGAUGAGAUCUGAACUGGAGCCCUUCAUGGAGUCUAGGGUUCUAGCGACCCUUUGGGGGGGGGGGCUGCAGUUUUGUUUUCAUUUUAAACAGGUUGCUGCACUUAUGUUGACCCAAGCAUCCCUGGCUCCUCUUUUGGGUCCACCUCUAUUCCUGAUGACCAGUGUUUGGGAUGAGGAUGAAAGCAAGAUCUACUUUGUGGCACAGCCUCUCAGGUAUCUUUGUGAAACACUUCAGAGGUGGUUUCCUGGUGACUGGGUCUACUUUCUACAUAGUGGUACAGCACAGCUGUGGAACCAGCGCCCACCCUCCUCCCUACCCUCCCAAGUCAAGUGCAUUGUCUGGUCCCACCACAGUGAUUGCCUCCACUUCCCACCUUGGAUUUUAGAAUCCAUCUUUGGACCCUGGAAGCUGCCUGCCCAUCUGGGCUUCUAAUAUGCCUUUUCUUGGUUUUGAGGCCCAAUGCUAACAUUGCCUUGGUCCUAAAAUAAACCCAUUUUGUGUCUGAUUUUCAUCCUCUUAGCCUUUACUUACUGUAUCAUAGUGUACAUUUCAUUCCUUUCAGCAGUGAAGUUUUCUGAACACAGUAUUCAGAGCUGUGUACAUAAACCUAAAUAAGCACAAAUGACAUGUAUAGGUUUCAUGAGCUGAUUGUCAUAAUGAAUGCAUUUUAUAAUUCAAAUGUUGUAGAUUUACAAUCUCUCCUAUUUAUUUUGUACCAAUUUAUUUGUAAAUUUUGUGAUUGUUCAAAAGGUUUUGUUUCUAUUAUUCUAUUUAGAUAAAUGAUUUUCUGUUCACCCUGCUAGCAGAUGUGUGUUCCCUCUUUCCCCUUUUCAUCUAUGCAACACCAACCUUGGUUCCCUGCCAGACUGCAUGGCUUUUACUGGUGAAAAGCUGGGCUUGGUUGUUGGCAUGGAAACACAGCAAGGCAUUUUCUUUGGAUAGACAUCACAAAGACUUGUGAAUGUUAAGAUUGCUACAACAGCGCCUCCAGCUUAGAAGCUAGUACAAUCUACAGGAUGGUAAGUGUCCUCCUUCACAAGGAUGCUCAGUCACACUAACACACAUUUCGACUGGGCAAAUGUCUAAACUGGUUUUUUUUGUUUUGUUUUCUGUAGGCAAGAUCUAGGCUUCAUUCUAGUCUCUUAGUUGGCUCUAUGAGACGAGAAUGGCUUUUUAGGGCCUCCUCUGCUAUACAAAGCCUAGGAGAAAGAUGGCAAAGGCACAGAUGGUUCACCCUCAAGUUAAAAAUGUGGCAUGAGUACGUAAGGCACGUUCAAAUGCUCUUCCAGAUUCAGUAGACAUCCCACAUUCCCCGUAUCCAGCGUGUAUGAGCUGCACUGGAUUUUCGCCCAUCUUCCGUCGUCAUUUCAGGUCUUCUUUCUAUCUUAGCCUCCUCUCCUGUGAUCAGACCUGAAGUUCUUGUCAAGGUUCAGGCCCCUCUGUGACCAAUUCCUAGACCGUAUCUUAUUGGAAUAUUUUCCCUCUCUACUCUCUUAUUCUCUAUUCUCAUUGGAAUAGAGACUAUUUCAGAGAAGUAUGUUCUGCGAGUUGAAUCUCUUGAUGACUGCUCCUUUUCCCCCCACUGUAUUAACAAGGAUCUUUGCAGUUUAUUUUACUUACACUUAUCUGGAGACAUUUCAUUGAUGAACUUAGUUAGGAUCAGAUUUGCUGGGCCUGACCUAACCUCUGUUACUUCCCCCAUUUCCUGAAAGUAGAAUGAAGUAAUAAUUUCUAUGUCACAGUGAAGUAGUACCUUCUUGGGAUUCUGUUUGCUAAUCUCAGUAGUACCAGUGACUGUGAAUUGCUUUAUUGCCAUCAAGAUUGGAAAGGAAUUAAGUGACUUCAGCAUAACCUCUCCCCACUUCUGCUUUGUUAAUAGUUUCUUCUGUUUUAAGGUCAAAUCAGGAAAUUCUCCAAAGAAAAUAGAGGUAAUUUUUCCUACUAUGAAAUAGAGACAUGCCUAAGUCCACCUGCAUCCAUGUACUGGUUCUCUUCUAGACUUCAUGAAAAGCCCUGGGGUUCUGUUUCAUAUAACAAAUUGUGUCUCCCACUGCCUCUUCCCAACUCGGCACUUCUGAAGACAGUAGUGAUUUUCUUGUAGAGCAAAAUGGUACAAACCAGAUGAUCUUUUCAUAGCUUGAGUGCAAAAAACUUAUUUUAUACUUUGGAAGAUUCCUUACUAGGCCAAAAAUUAUCAUAUUAGAUGGCUAAUAAAGCCUUUUACUUUAUUUGUUUCACCAUUUUCCCUCCAAGAUCCUCAAUCCAUGUUCUUUCAGAACAAAGUAUUUUUGAACAUGAGGGCCAAUGGGGUCUAAAAUGAUUUUAAAACACCCACUCUGAGAACUCUUUCAAAAGACUGGAUACUUUACUAGACAUUUUUCAGUCUUGGGAAGGUUUGGCAAACCCCCUUUGCAAUGUCUUAGGACCUGGUUGGACUUGGGAGGACAACUGCUGUCUGUCAUGGAAAGGUUGCAUGCUCAUUCAGUUGCUCAGACUCAUCUCAGCACAGAUUUUUUUUUUUUUAGACCAAGCACAAUAGACAGAAGGAAAUGGACGAUAAAUAAAUGUAUUUGGGGACAUACUCAUAUCUAAUUUGACUAUCUAAUCCACCUUUAUUCUAGUAAUGGAACAAAGGUAUCUUACGUUGUGGAGAAACAAGAGGCUGGUCAUCUUGUUUUAAAUUGUAAAAUGUUUAAAUAGAUUGCUUGAGAUGAGGCUUGUUUUAUGUUCACUUGGGAGUACUUUUUGUGUUUAAAGUGCCACAGAGAGAUACAUAUUUUAUUAUUGAAAUCACACAUCUUUUUUUGGAACAGGUCUGACUGACCUUUGUGGCCUUAGGAUGAAAACACUGCUUUUAAGAACAGGUUAAAAGGUUGAGAUUGCCAGGUUAGUAGAAACCUUGCCUUGAUCAUUCUGGAAGCAAUCGCAUGCUCUUUAGAUGAAUUAACAUGUGGAUUACUGGAAGUUGCCUGCCUCUAGUCCCUCACUGCUAUGUGUACACAUACCCCCUGCUUUGGAAGCAGGUACAGUUAGUUGUUCUUCUAUCUUAAGGCUGCUUGAGUAGCUCCAGUUCUUAUAGUCUCCCCGAAGGUCUGCAUUAUUUGAUAUUGUUUCGUUUGAGAAAUGACUUUAGGAACUCUAGGCCCUAGUCACCAAGAAAGAAUGCAUGAGAAACCUAAGUAUUGAGACAAAGUACUAACACAGGAAUUGGACCAUUAACUGUAUGGCAAUAGUUACCAUUUUUCCCACCAUCAAAGAAAGGUUAAAUAGUUUCCAUAACAUGGAAUGUGGACAAGACUCCUAACCUUAAUGCAGAGUUAAAUAUGCAGUUGUUUGUCUCAGGCUAUUUGUGGAAAAUAAACAGAGUAUUUUUAAAUACUCUGGCAACUCUGGCAGCCCUGGAAAAAUUGUAGAACUUUAAAAUUGUUGACAAAAGAUUUCUUAAACAAAUAAAUCUGAUUCAGAAAUAUCUAAACAUGGACAAAGUGCUUUUUAAAGUGGUUCUUAAAACAAUACUAACAUAACUAAAGGAUUUGUAAGUUCAAGUUAUUUACUCUAGUUCCAUUACGAACCACUUUGCCUAAAAGCAACUUUUCUGAAAUCUGUACACUUAGCCAUUAACUACCAUCAUUGCAGAGAUGAACAUAUGGGCUGAGUUCCCCAGCGGAGCUGAGGUCUGCCUGUUGGAUAUGUCAGGGCCAUUAAGUUGGACAUUCAGUUUAGCAGUGUUUCCAAAUACUAAGGAAAGUCGGGUGUCACAAUCUAAUUUCCAUUCAGCUUCCUUAACAGAAACAUAUUUUACAACUCCCCAGAUGCCUGCCCAUGAACCACUCCCCCACCUAGAACACUAACACAAAGAAGCAACACAGCUAUGGGUCUUAGGCUUCUUGAACUUUAAAAUGAUUUGGUGGUCUUAAAAUAGUUAUGACAAGCAGUGAAAUUUAUGCUUUUGAGUUCUCAAUCUUUAGACUUACUGUAGAGAAACAUCAACUUUUUUAUAAGAAAGUGUGAUAAAGCAAAGUUGGUUCUUGCUCUGAAAUGGAAAAGACAUGUGCUACUACUAACCAGUAGCUCAUGUCAAAUUGGGAAACAUGUCAACCCAGUGGUGGUUCUCAUUCAAGAUGGACAACUAAGAUAAGGAGAUCAUUUCAAACAGCCAUUCAAACAUAUUUCUUGACAAUUAAUGUAAAACUAUGUGUAUUGAAAGCAGUGAAUGGAUAUUAAGUGGUUGUGUUCUCUACUUAUAAAGUGGUUUUUUUUGUUAUCUUCACAAGAAUGUCACUGCCCAGUCAAUAGUCAUUACAGUUAUGCAACAGGAAGGGGUCAAAGUCAGUAUUAGAAAUAUUGUACUUUAUUGAAUUCUAAAGCAACUAAUCUAUCCUCCCAAGUUAUCUAAUGACAAGAAGUAUAUCAAGCCUAAACUAAGAUUGUAUGCC